CUAAAAAAAUAUGUGUGCCCUUUUUCUAUAUUUCUGCAGAAAUGAUAUAUUUAGGAAAACAGUUUUUGGGAAAACUGUUUCUCUAAAUGUACCAUUUUGGAUAAACUGGAAUGAAACACAACCAAAUAGAAUGAAGUCGGUUUUUAUUCGAUGUUCAGGGCCAAGCAUAUCUUCAUUACUAAUGAACACCAGCCGAUAUUCAGCCAAUUCGGUGGAACCGUGGCUGAACAUUUUCAGAGGGUGGCAUAGACUGUAAGAAGAGCUGAUUGUACGUGGGAUCAAAACCCACGCCAAACUUAAACAAAACUGGGUUAGAAACAUAACUGAAUGAAUUAUGGCCUUACAAAAAACCAUCCGUUGACCAUUCACAAUUAUGCCGAAGUCCUGCUGUCUAGUAUGCGUUAUUCCGAUGCUAGUGUUUGUACCGCAGCACUCCGUCGACUCACACCAGCAGUGUGCGGAAAAUCCGUAUCGGGAUUUUCAUUCAUUGAGAAAACUUGGCCUGUGUGCUUUUCCUCCGACAUAGGAAAACCACACAGCUAUAAAAUAAGUUUGCUCGUAUUUAUGUAGGCAGAUAUAGGGUACAUUGCGACCACACAGCAAGCUCCCUAACCCCAAGUCGAAUCGAAUCGAGUCCGUGCUACAGAAAGGCAGCAGAAAAGUUGUUCCACCAGCAGCUCUUUUUCGAUUCCUCAAUUAGGUCUAAGGAGUGUAAAAAUUGUCGGGAAAAUGGAUUUCCUCGCGAAAAACAGAGCAGGAUUCCACUCGGAUAGAAUAAGUCUAUGAAAAUCUAUUUGUGCUUAUAAAAAACUGUGUGAAAGCUCGUGAAAAUUAGGUUCUGAGGUUAUAUGGGAUGUACUCCACCAUAUUUUUCAUCAUCGAAAACAGGGAGGAGUGCAGAGAACGAGAGAAGAAGAAGUGACAGGAUGGGGAGCAAAUCGGGCUGAAGCAAAACUUGAGAGUAUCGGGGGCGAAAUCAGAUAUUUUACUUCGAUUUUUCCAUCAUCGUUAGCAUUGCUGCUGCUGCUUCUGCUGAUGCUCCUUGUUCCAUUCUGCUGUGCCAUAUUACUACUAUCACUAAGGAAAAGAAUGGAGGAAAAGUUUUGUCUUCCUUUUUUCCCAGCGAUGCGAUGCGAUAGGGAGCAAUCGUCCAGCUAAAUCCAACGCAUAGCAAGCCCAUAGAGGAAAAUUCGAAGGAGAAAAAUCAAGCAAAGGAUUAACAGUAAUGCGGUCGUGAACAUUUUUCUCUCUGCUGUGAUGAAAUUAGGUUUAUGAGAAAAGUUUCAAGUGCAAAGUAUCGCGAAAAUUUGUGAUGCGUGCAGAAGAAGAAGAAAUCAAGAAACAUGGUGCUAUCUAAAAGGCAACCCAUUUUCGCUGCGCAUCUUUUCGAUGGAAAUUUAAAUUCAUGCAAUUCUUUUAGCUCAGGAAGUCCACUGAAACUCAAUUGAAAUCAACUGGAGUAAUUGAAUUGGAUUAAGUGUCUUCGCUAGGUGAAAGAAGAAAGUGCCAACGAGCCGAUUAAAGUGAAUGCCAAAGUGCCACGUUCGGAGUGAAAUAAAAGUCCCAUUAAGUGAACCACCCAAGGGACAUAAUGCCGUUCCUGUUAGUCCUGUCGAACUCAGUUAAGCUCGACAGCUAGAAGGAAAACGUGUGCGUGCAGUCCUGAUAACAAAGCCAGCAAACUCGAACGGAGAAAAUAUAUAUGGUGCAAGGCGUUGGCGAGUCUCCCGGGGACUUGAAGGGGCUGAAGACAGAAGUCGUCGCUAAUUUGGAUACUUUCUAAUGGGAACGUUUACGUCGUCCUCGUCGACGGCAACCACCAUCCCCACUUCGCGAUCGAAAAUCAGCGGUACCAGUCAUGAAGAAGAAACGCCUGAAACCCGUUCCUCGGUGGCGGCGGCCCCUCCUCCAACGACAGCAUCGACGACGUCUACGAUGGAACGCCACAGCCGGACUGACGCCAGCGGCCGGUCGGCGGCUCUCGAGAGGGCCUACGUGCACGACGUCUACGAACACUGCGAGGAUUCGGUUGGACAAGUGCGCCCCAAAGUGGCACAAUUCCUGGCCGGACUAGAGCCCGGUUCCAUGGUUUGCGACGUUGGAUGUGGCAGCGGCCGGUAUCUGUCCGGGUUUAAUCCGAUGAUUUGCACGAUUGGUGCUGAUCGCUGUUAUCGACUGACCAAAAUCGCCCACGGGAAAGGAGGAGAGGUGGCGAUAUGUGAUAAUCUGGAACUGCCAUUCCGUGACGAAUCGUUCGACGCUGUCCUGUCGCUGGCGGUGGUGCACCACUUUGCAACGACCGAGAGGCGUGUCGGUGCCAUUCGAGAGUUGGCGCGAAUCCUGCGGAUUGGAGGGCGUGUCAUCAUCACCGUGUGGGCGUUGGAGCAGAGACAUCGGCGGUUCGAAUCGCAGGACGUGUUGGUUCCUUGGCAGCCCCCGCGGUCGAAAAAUGCCGCCGUAUCGGACGAAGAGGACGACGAUGACUUUCUGCCACCGUACCACGCGUAUACGGAAGAUUCCACCAAUUCGAGCCGCUCGGCCGGUGACGGAGACAGCUCCAGUUUGUCCUCAUCGUCGCCGGGCGAAACGUGCUACAGUUUCGUGCGACGAGCUAUACAGAAGCUGGCCGGCAGCAAAAAGAGCCCCUGGUUCCUGGAAUCGUGGAGCUCUCGGGAAACGAAACACGACAGCAGUCUUGACUACGAGGACGCCAAGGACCUGCCGAUCGAGCUGCGGCGCCUGGAGGAUUUCGACGACAUACCGGAGCCGCCGCUGUCUGCUGGCCUGAAAAGCCGGAGCUUAGGUAGUAUAUUAAAUCCACCACCAAAAACCAUAGUUAGAUCACGUUCAAGUGUACCAAGUUUAGGUGCUCAAAUACCUGAAUCGAUUGCAACACCUGCUGAGCCGUCAGCAUCCCGAAGACCAAAACUAGUUAAACAGAAACAAUCAUUAUGUGAUGACGUAGAUUACAAGCUGAACGAAUCGGCGCAGGCAUACCGGGAUCACAUAUUGCGUAACGAUUCGCGCAUUCAACUUCUCCGGAAGCAAAGCUCACUAAACGAAGAACUGAUGGCCGAGAGUAGAUUGCGCGAGAAAGAUCGAAUCCGCAAACGAAUACAGAAGCAGAUGUCACUGAAUGAGACAUUCCUUUGCCGGUCCCUGUUUACCAAGCGUCUAGCAGUGAUCAAGGAAGGCUUGACCACGAAACUGAAGACAUCUACCGGAAGCUUGGAACGAGUGACAAAGAACGGAUUUGUCAAGAUCAUGCAAAACAUAAAGGCAACCGCCCAGUCGCAUCACGGUCACAAUUACGCGCAAGGUCGAUCAUACGAUCCACACAAUCCCGGUUACAUGCCACAUGGUCAUGACGGUCGUCACGGGAGCUACCACGUGUCAAGGAGCAAUUCCAUCAACAACAAUGGCGGCAGCAAUGGCAGCGGCAGCACUAACGGUAACGACAAGCUCAUCGGGAUGGGUUCUAGCCAGGAUGAUUCGAAGCCUCGGCGUCACUCGCGGGAAAGUGGUUCCGAAAGUUUUCGUUCCACUUUCAUUAAACGACAACGUUUUGCGGAUUCUUCCAAGGAUAGCAGUCUGCAAAGCGACACCAGCAUCGAAUCCGAAGAUAGUUUUGCCUCUGUGAUUUACAUUCCGAAACCAGACCAACAACAGCAAGGAAGCGGAACAAGCGAUGGUUUUGGUCCUGGUCCCACGCGGAUGCCUUCAGGGCCGACGUCUCCCUUGAUAAUGCCCUGCCCAACACCAGCCCAUUCACCUGCCCCACCACGCACAAAACCCAGCCCCCCGAGUGGCCACAGCAAUGGUGGGAACGGUGGCUGCGAAUUUAGCCAAUUCACCUUCGACGAUACUUCGUUGUUUCAUAAGUUCGAGGAAAUGGCUUCCUCUACAUCAACUGUACAUAACGCAUCUAGUACUAAUAAUAAAAUUCUUAAAUCCCCGCCUUCGAAUGCUUUGGCUAGUACGAGUUCAACGACCAUAAUCGCUUCCAGCAGUAGUAAGGCUACGACUAGUAGCAGCAGUGCUCAUAGCAGUAGUAGCAAAUCAACAACAACGACGACGACGUCGACAACAUCAACAACGACAGCGACUCAACCAAGUAAAUCGCCUGUUCAGAAGAUCACACGACAGCAAAUCAAAGAUUUGCCGCCGAUUCCAAAGUUCAAAAAGAAUUACCCUAUUCUACGCCGGCAAACAUCUACCGGUGCUCCAGUAGUGCCAAAACUGUUAUCUUUGGAACUAUUCAAUCCAGAAACCGACGACUUAGAUAGUGAUUCCAGCGAACCUUCCUCGCCGGAUUCAAUCGAUAGUGUGAUAAGCGCAUUACGGCCUUCAGUAUCACCGCAACCAUCGACAGCGCAACAACAGCCAACGCAAGCAGAAGCGCCCAGUAUUCCUCCAUUGAUAGAGGCAGCAGCUGUUGUGGCCCAUAAACUAGAGGAUACAGUGGAACUGAUGAUACGAGAAAGCGAAACUAAGCCUAAGCAACUAAACGGGUUACCAAAAUCGCAAGAAAACCCAGAAGAAACGAAUCAGGACGAUACGUCUUGUCGGCAGCAUUUGGUAGACUUUGCCGAGAAAUUAAGUGCUCAGCUUCUGAAAGAGUUGGACAAUGAGAAGCAAAAUAGUGAGAGUAGUUUUGACGAUGACGACGAUGUAUUUAGCGAGAGUAGAUUUAAGAAGAAUACUCUAACACUCGCAGAUUCACAGUCAAUGACGGAUCCUUAUUUGAAAAAGUUGAACGGUGACUUGCGGGAUCUGAACUUGCUUCGUGCGGAGUUGCGAGAACGGCGUCUAAUGCUAGCAAACUUGAGCCACAUCGGCUCUAGUGGGCUAGGGGGUAGUAACGACUCUCUUGGACCCAGCUACGGUUCUUCUAUGACCCCAAUAAUACAAGAAGAAACGGAUGAUGACGAAGAGCUGAACGAUGCGGUAGAACCUGAAUCUGACGAUCGCGAUAGCUUACACUCGCUACGGGGAAACAUAAAGAAUCUCAAUAAAAACGAUGAGUUUGUCAUCAUCCCAGAACUGGACGAAGAUGACGCAGACCUAUCAAACGACACAGCUUUACUGAUACAGGAAGAAGAUAGCACGGAAGAGCAUCUUCAAAACAUUGAUGUAGACCUUCUUGACGGUAACAACAGUAACAAUAAUAGUACGAAUGAUAGUCACUCAACUAGCAGUAGUCAUAGUCUACCAAACAAAACUAUAAAUCUGAGUUCGACUCAGCUAGGUGUAAAUAUCUGUAACUCACAACAGCACAAGAAAACUGAGUGUACAUUCACCCAUGGCAGCAGCAAUCACAGUAAACCCCCAUCUAAAGUGUUGACCGCGGGAGUCACCUGCGUCGGAGAGUCCAGCGAAGCCAACAACAGCAAAAAGUUGCCCGAAACGAACAAAUCAUCGAUUGAAUCUCACACCAGCGUCGAUUCCUGGGCCCAUUCGACGAGCUCGGCCUCGCUGGACAGUCCUUCGGUGGGCGGUGCCGCGACCCAUCACCGUUACUACCACGUGUUUCGGGAAGGCGAGCUGGACGCUCUGAUCAACCAUCACGUGGCCAGCCUGCACAUAGUGUCGUCCUAUUACGAGCGUGCCUCUUGGUGUGUUGUGGCCGAAAAGGUCCAGGUUUGGACCAUCUAAGGCACCGCAAUUCUUUUUGUCGGAAAGUGUAGGCAUCUGCCUGAGAGAUUAAAACUGCUUGGCGUUACGUAUUGUGGAAUGUUCGUACAGUUGUUAAGAUCUUCAAAACAUACGAGACUUCUAAUCUGUGAAACUAACUCCGAGGAGCUAGCAACUAAAUCGAACAAUUGAGUAAAUGAAACAAUAUAGAUCAAGAUAAUUACGAGUAAGGCGAGAAAAGGCUCUAAUCUGUAUUAUUUGUCUCUGUGAUUCAUAUAUUUAAAACCAAUAGUGAUUAAAUAGUUAUAGUUGAAGAAAAAAAAGUCGAGGUAUAAAAGAAUCAUGAUCAGCAAAGCAACAUUACUUUGUCGACAAUUUUAUUUCUUUUUUUACGAAAGACAAAUCGAAUUGACUUGAUAGUUAAGAAUGAAAUAUUCAUCGCCAAUUUGAAUUUCGCAUUACUGAAGCUAUGUCAAAACU